AUGUAUGCACCUAAAAGAUUCGCAGCUCCUUCUCCUCCUCCUCGUCAUCAUCAUCGGUCUUUUUCUCCCCAAUUGCCCCUUUUCCUGUUCCUUCUUGCUUCUUCUGCUCCCGACCACUCGUUCGCCAGGCACAACCUGAGUAGGGAGAUUACUCUGCACGACAACGAUUGUCUUGUGCUAGUUCGUCAGAACCUGCCCUCUUUUCCCGGCGUCACACGAAUCUUUCAGCUUCGCCAUCGUCAGGGAGGCGGCUCUUUUCGCCAGCCGGCACCGCCUGCACCUCAGCCGGGUCCGGCCCGAUUCUGUUCGCCGCAAAACAUGCAACCCAAUUCGCCAGUUGCCCUCAAUCCUGUCGCAUUGACUCCGCAGCUGCUCGAAGUUGUCUGGCUGGUGGACGGCUCUCUUGUGCCGGUCGACGGGUCUCGAGCUGUCCAUUCCAUCGAACAGUUGUUCUCGCCCGAUUGGCCCUCAGAGAGGCUGAACGCCGUCAAGAUCGGAUCUCUCGCUGGGGCUGUUGGUGGUCCGCCCAACAUUUUUUUGGACAAAGUAAGUCGGCAUCACAGCCCGAGCGGGCAAGUUCACUAUUUAUUUUUUUCAGUCAUUCCUCCAUUCACUCACUCAAUAAUUAACUUUAAAUUUUAUUAA